AUGCAGGACGGUGUGGACCAGCUUCAUUAUAAUCCUUUCGCAGCUCCCGUAGACUCACGCUCAAGAUCAUUAUCUACUUCAUCCCUACAAAACACUUCAUUCUUUCCAACUUCACCAAGUACACUAUCUGUCACUGCAAAUAUUCAUAAUGAUGAUAGAGGAUUCUGUGCUGGAGGGGACAACCAACACACAGAGAUAAGAAAAGCUCAGGCCGAAGACGCCAGUAUCCUCGAUCAUCACCCGCUGCGCAGUGCUGGACUAUCUAAUAGCUUCGAAGAUGCCGGAGUCACCAGGCCACAUUUGACCCGCAUUCUGGACAGUGAUCGUUUAGUCGACGUACCUUCAUUUCCUAACAAUGAAGAAGACGAUGAAGAAGACACUGGCCAAGAUGAAGCUACUUCAAAUGAAAAGGUAGUCAUUGUUCACGAAGUCUCUUCCAAAGACUCCUUAGCCGGCGUCGCUUUGAAAUAUAGAAUCAAUCUUACUGAGCUACGGCGGGCAAAUCAUCUGUGGUCUUCAGAUUCAAUACAUCUCCGGAACACACUUUAUAUCCCACUCGAGAAAACCUCAUUACCUCCACCAACUGUCACUCCCAGCUUCGCCUCCUCAUCGGAUGAACCAGCUUCCUUCUAUUCUCAUAAAUUUACUGUACCGGAAGCUAUCCAAUCUCCGACAGCGACAACGAUUUCGUCGUCAGCCAUUCGCCGAAUUCCUGCAUCAGAACUGUCUUUCUUCCCUCCAUCGUCCAGGACGUCUGCUUUGUCAAAUUCAUCGUCCCCGUCACCUCUGUCACAGCCGCGACCUUCUAAUAGUAGAAUUAUCCACAAUCGACAUGCGACAACUCCUGCCCCGUCGUUAAACACGAUUCUGACAGCGUUGCCCAUCGCGGCAUCUACCCGAGAUACGAUCAUAGCUAGAUUGUCAUUUGACAGUCCUAGCUCGAGCUACAACGACCAAGAGCGUGAGCCGUACCUCAAUGUUCAUGAGGGACAUGAGCUUGCCGAUGUUCAAGCUAGGCGCGAGCCAUCUCGUCGUUCACUCGAGGAAGACUGGCAGGGAUAUCUCGACGGGGCCACUACAAAGCUUUUGAAGAAUAGCCAGUCAACAUUCACGAAUGAUCCCGUUUUUAAACAGCCCGAUAUCUCUGCCAUAAACCCUGAUUGGAAGGCUAGGAGGGAGCGAGUCGGGCCAAAUUUCAAUGGACAUGGACGAAGCUUUUCCGAAGAGUAUACUGGACCGGCUCUUUCUCUACCCAGCAUAUCAUCCACCCGAAUACGGAAUGUUCAAUUAGAGCCCUCUCCUGUCAUGCAAAUACCAAUUAAAAAUAAUGAGAAUUCGAGUCAACUAUGUUCGAUGCUAUGUUCGACGGGCACAAAGAAGACUGAUCUGGCGCUGAUAGAAUUAGACCCAAAAGUUGAACAAGCGUAA